AUGACAACGUUGCAUAUUGGAACGUCAUUUAUCAUGAAGACUUUGAUAGUUAUUGAAGAGAGUAGAUCGCUGCAUUCGACCGAUUCAAUUCGAAGUUCACCUUUGAAGCCAAUUUCACCGAAACCGAAAGGAUAUGACGUUACUGCAACGUCGAAUCUGCAUGUCGAUGUAAUCCGUUCUCAGAUUAACAAUUCAUCAAGAAUGAUUUAUGAUAUACCUGGCGCAAGAAUUCCUGAGCUGCUCCAAUUUAAGCCUUGGAAUUGCGAAAUGUCUUCAGUUGCGAAUCCUAAAACGGGUGAAACGGUACUAGUUGGAGUUUUAGCAGCACCAAUAGGAGCAUAUAUCAUCAGUUUAGUUGAAUCUCGUCGCACUUCUUUUCCCAGCACUUUUUUGUGA